CACUGUCACUGUUCACGGAUUUACCACCUAACCUUUCUUCCUUCAUUCAUGCCUGCGUUCUGGUCUUUCUUCUCGCGAAUAACCAGUACACCGCAGAGUACCUUUAUAUUUCGGGACAACGGCUGACCUUAUUUUCCUCAGUCUCUUUCAUCACUUUAGCCUGCUGCCCGCACACAAACCCAAACAAUGAGCUACCAGCAAGGCCAACCACAGCUUGGGGCUACAUUCGUUCCCGGUGGUUUCGAUGACUACUAUAUGCCGGCACCCUCGCCAGAGGUCAUUUCGCCAGCUCCUCAGCGGAUAAUGCCUGAGGUGCCCGAGAACAUGCAGGAGAACAUUGCCCACAUGGAACUCGAGGCCAACGGACCGCGGAAUCCCCAUGCGCCCAUGUCGCCUCCUCUAGCACAAUCGCAUAAUCAGACACAAAACUUUCCCCCUCGCUCGACGAGCUUCCAAAGUGACCACCAACCCGCCGGCGGCGCACAGGGUGGCCAGUCACCCUGGCCCCAAAGACACCAGAGCAUAUCCUCUACCUUCAAGCAACCCCCCAAUGUACAACCGCAGCCUAUUCAGCAGCUACAGCACCAUCAACAGCAGCAGGCAUCUCACGACUAUAGUCAAUUCGCAGCAACGAACGAUACCCCCAACUUCUCCCCAUUUCCUCAGCUCCAAUCUCGCCCUUCAAACGUCCCGCCUUCCGAUGACGAGAAGGAGGCAGUCCUCGAGAAUGCCCGUUUGCCCGUUCUCAAUUCCAACGAUCCCGAGAUGCAGCUUGCAUGGGCACAGGACGCUCUAUCAUAUGUCGACGCCGCAAUGCUGCACGAGCAGCGCCUGGCCUUGAUACACGAAGCACGACCCGUCACACCACAAGUGGAGCAUCAACUCAGGGUCGAUGCUAUGAAUGUGGUUAGCUUCCUUGCAGAUCAACAUCAUCCAAAGGCCGAAUUCAUGCGGGGAAUGUGGCUCGAAUUUGGCAAGUUUGGUCUACGGGUCGACAAGAAAGAGGCGUUCAGGUGUUAUACGCGCGCAGCAUCAAAAGGGUAUGCGCGGGCAGAAUAUCGCAUGGGCAUGCAAUUCGAGCAAUCAAAUGACCCCAUCAAGGCACUCCAGCAUUACAAGCUGGGCUCGGAAGCUGGCGAUUCGGCCUCUAAUUACCGCCUCGGAAUGAUGACAUUGCUUGGGCAGCAUGGGCAACCCCAAGAUUACGCAAAGGGACUACAGUUGAUCAGGCAGGCAGCCAGCACUGCCGAUGAGAAUGCCCCACAGGGCGCCUACGUACUGGGUAUGCUCCAAGCCCGCGAACUGCCCCAGAUCAACGUGCCGGAAGUCUAUCUACCUUACGACGACAAGGCUGCGAAGCAGAAUGUCGAAAAGGCGGCCUACCUUGGUUUUGCAAAAGCCCAGCUUAAGAUGGGCUCUGCUUAUGAGCUCUGCAGCAUGGGCUGCGAAUUCAAUCCGACCUUGUCCAUGCACUAUAACGCCCUCGCUGCCAGGCAAGGAGAGUCUGAGGCCGACAUGGCGAUUAGCAAAUGGUUCCUAUGCGGCUAUGAAGGGGAGUUUCCGAAGAAUGAGGAACUCGCAUACGAGUAUGCCCGCCGCGCCGCUCUAACAGGCCUCGCCACGGCAGAGUUCGCAAUGGGAUACUUCAACGAGAUUGGCAUGCACGUUCCGGUCAACCUUGAACUGUCGCUAGAAUGGUAUGAAAAGGCAUCAAAGAAUGGAAACAAGGAUGCUGCUGCACGCAUCGAAAGCAUCUCCAAAUCUCGCACACUCUCCAAAACCGACCACGAAAAGAUUGCCAUCAACAAGAUCAAGUCGCAACAUGGCUCCAUGCGCGGACAACGCCCUGCGAGAUUGCAAAAGGCUGCGGCGCCGGCGCUACCUACCGUCGUAGACAACAGCCCAUCCGACUACGGCGAUUCGCCCUCGUUAUCGACGCCCACCUCUCGCUUCCCCGAUCGGACGACUUCCACCACCCCGUACCCAAUCUCGGACAAGCCCCCUAGUGUCGGUAGCACUGCACCAACCUCCGCGCCGUAUGGCGACCGUCCGGCCACCGUUACUCCAUACCCCAUGGACAACGGGCCUCCCAAUCUAGGCGGUGGCGGCGGUCCUAGGCCGAUGGCUGGAGGUUUCGCACCAGAAGUACGCUCGGCCACCGCGCGCCCUGAUGCGCGACCCUCCUCGUCUGCCUUCAACAUUAAUCCAAACGUUUACAGUCCCGGCUCAGGCCGUGGUUCUGGUCCUGACGGUUAUGGACGUGGCCGUGGCAAUAUGGGGCCACUUCCUUUGCGCCCCAACACCAGCGUGGACGAUAUGGGACAGGGUAGAGGGAGACUUCCAAGUGGAGGGUACGGCGGUGGUCCCCCGCCAGGUGCAUACAGACAACCAGGCGGGCCAAGUGCUGAACGGCCAGAGGUUCGACCGGCGACCGUUCAACCCGCCGAUAUUGGCUUCAACGCGCCGGACGGUCGUAACAAGCUCCAGAAACCAGGCCAGCCGAUCAAGAAGCAACCGACCCUGCCUGAUAUUGGCUAUAUCGCACCUUUAGAGACCAGACAGCACACUCGACCUUCGACAGUACAGCCCGGUCAGGAAAGCAGAGGCUCGAGCCGUCCAGAACGUCCCUCAACCGCUGUUUCUGGCGGACGAACAAGCUCACGCCCCGGCUCUGCUGGACGACCCUCACAGCAUGAACCGCUGGCGCGGCCAGGCACCACCACACCGAAACCGAAUCCUUCACAUCAGACCCCCAAGCCGAAUGCAGCGCCUGCCGGAAAGCCGCCUGCUGCGAAACCACCUGUUGCGAAACCACCUGCGCCUGCCGGUCCCCCCGGAAAAGGCCCCAAAACCUUCGAUGAAAUGGGUAUCGGACAAGCGCCCAAGGAUAACGAUUGCGUUGUCAUGUAGUUCAAAAUGCUUAUGGAGAUGCAUGAUGCAUGAUUGGGUAUUAGAUAUCAUUGGGCUUUUUAACAAGGUGAUUUUGCAUAGCGAAUUGUUUCUAGAUAGAUAUGGUACAGUCAGUCAAGCGCGCUGCUGUGCCUCUGACUGACUUUCCUUUAUACCCAUGAAAGACGAAACGAUGCGUUUGAAAACUGUUGGCUUGUCAUCGUCUCCCCAACUUGUCGUGCGCUGGCGUGCUUUCGCUCAAAGCCCUUGGUUAAGUC